AAAUGAGGGAAUAAACCGAGCUCACCAUUGGCUGGUGGGUAUAGGACACACGGGAAGAGAGAAGGCAGGCAGAAGGAGACACGGGGCUUUUGGGGCAAUGAAAUUUUAAUUAAUGUGGGUGGGCUGAGAGAAACACAACGAGUGUUUAUCAUAGUCAAUUUAUUUUCCGGCGCUAAGUCAACAUAAAAAAGCAAAACGUGCAACAAUUAUCAUUGCUGACUAGUGUAGGACAGCCAGCCUGACUGACUCUCGGGCUUCUUUGCGACAUCUCUAUGGACCGCAGCUCGAGUAGCUCUAAACCGGUGCGCAUUUAAGAGGACACAACAUGAACUUGUAUCACGGCCGGGUAUCGCAGGGACCCGCGGGUCUCAGCCUUACCAAUUCGUCCCUGAUCUAUCUGUAUGGUGGAGAAGUGGGAGGCGUGAUACCGGCACUUGGACUCGCCUCAGCCCGACAGGAACCUCCACAGAAGCCCCCGUACAGUUACAUCGCUCUCAUCGCCAUGGCCAUCAAGAACGCACCGGGCAAACGCGCAACGCUGAGCGGCAUCUACCAGUUUAUUAUGGACCGCUUUCCGUUUUAUCACGACAACAAACAGGGUUGGCAGAACUCCAUUCGACACAACCUCUCGCUGAAUGACUGCUUCAUUAAAGUGCCCAGGGAGAAAGGGCGCCCGGGAAAAGGCAGCUACUGGACUCUAGACCCAAAGUGCCUGGACAUGUUUGAGAACGGCAACUACAGGAGGAGGAAAAGGAAGUCUAAAAUGCAGGAGCCUAGCGAUGCUAAACCGAGUCACAAACGAAGCCGGGGUCCGACUACUCAGGCUCAGGGAAUCACUAAAGAUUGCGCAGGAACGCAGGAUGUGAAAGAUGGAACCCCUAAUAGUGAAAAGCCACUGACUGAAAUGAUAAUUCAGCACAAAGGCCAAGAACGUCCACUUCGAGGAUAUCUGAGCUUCCCGCCUUCCAGCUCACUGAAACACUGUCGUGGUGUAAAUCCGACCAGUCUGCAUUCCUGCUCCCUAACUGGGGACCAAAGCCCGUCUUCGCCAAAGCCCAAGCAUCAGUCACAACUGCUCUCUCCACAGGUGCGCGAAAUGCAGACUGGGAAUUUGACAAGCGCAGAAAGCACCGAUGGCACUCCGUCUGUGGGUUCCGCGAAACUUCCAAAGGGAGACACCAAAGAUCUAACGGACAGCAAGAAGACUUCAGACAAAUCAAAAGAAUUUAGCAUAGAUAGCAUUUUAGCAAAAAAGGUAAACCGGCUCCAGCGCAGGUGCAGCUGCGGAGGCUCAGAGUCUGCGUGUCUGGAAACGCGUCACCGCGCGCUCGCGUCAGUGCUUCUUCCGGGUGCGCAAGCGCCGCAUCCCUAUCCGAGAGCCUACCCGCUGUGCUCCUAUAUUUCCCUGGCGUGGCCCGAAACUCUACUUCAGUACUGCGAGAAGAGUGGUGAGAAAUUAGUCUGAGAUAGGACAGAUAUCGACAAGGGACCGCUUAGUGAGAAAGCAAACUCAAAUCUGUAGCAGUUCUUAACUCCAAAAGCAGUGAAUCAGUGCAGUGCAGAGUCGACUCCUAGAGUUCUCACGCACCUGAUCCAGAAAACUGCUGAAGAAGCUCUGAUAGCCUAUGUGGAUGUGUUUAAAUAACUGGAGGUGAUGAAAAUCACUAGCAUCGAAUGAAAUCUGUUGUUAGGAAGCCUUAGUGUGCUGGCUUAGUGUGCUAACUCAUAAAGUAGAACAUUUGCUUCAAUUAACACAGGUAAUGAGCCUGAGACUUAGACAUUCACACUUGUGAAUUAAGAUCUACAGUGUUUAAUUAACUUCUACACUCAUCUGGGACCAAGCGGAUUAUUUUCCAAUAACUGAAUGUUAGUGGUUGUUCUGAUGGGUUUUAUAGCUCUUAUACCACAGCGGUAAAUUACAAUUUGGCAAGUAUUUAUAACUGAUUAAGAAAUGACACAUCGUAUAAACCUUUUAAAGUUAUAUGCAAUCAUAUGGAACAUUGUUCCUGUUAUCAUCAAUGUUCCACCAGCUGUAGUUACUCCCUCACUAGCCUCUAUUUUCUCUCUUUUGAAAACAACAACAUGCAGAAAUGAAGCAGGGUUAUCAAAAAACCAGAAAUAAUUUUCCAUGGCCUUCUGAUCAAUCAGAAUUAAAAACCAGGCAGCGCUGUGGCAUAAGACACAAAAACUCUUUAGGUCUUAUUUCGAUAGCUUAGUUCAAUAACUGCCAUAAAUACUACUACUACUACUACUACUAAUAAUAAUAAUAAUAAUGAUAAUAAUUAUUAUCAUUAUUAUUAUUAUUAUUGUUGUUGUUGUUGUUGUUGUUGUUGUUUUUUUUUUUGUUGUUGUUUGACACAACCUGGGUGGCCCACUUCAAAGGUUCACAUAAGGUUGACAGUAGUUAUCUCGGCUGAUGGAUUACCCCUCAUGGAUGUUGCUGUUUAAAUAUAAAUGUUUAUUUGAGCUUUAUUUGAUUUUAUUAUGCUCCUUUCAGUGCUUGUAAAGUUAAUACAAGAUAAAUUGUAUUGUGUAUGUUGCUUUUCUUUGCUCCUUAAGUACUUCAUGGAUGCAAAUAGUUGGGAACAUUUCUGAUGAAAAACAUAACAGGAGUGAAUGAGUGACAUGUUUGUGGAACAAAAUCCGAGACACAAUAAAUAACACUUAUUGUAUAAAUAAAAUAUUUUUUACACAACAA